CUCUCAAGCUGUGCGACGACGGAAGCAGAACAUAGUUGAGUUGAGUGCAAUUGAGCGGAGUUGGAGCCUCAAAAUUGCCCACCACGCGACAAACUCCGCUUCCCAUUCUCGAACCAAACCCAGACGCCCAUGCAACAAACCCAUCGCCCUGCCCAUCCACUGCAUCCGCUAGCCGCCACUUGACCGCGAGACAGCAUCGUCACGGAGCUGUCAAGAUGGUUGGCAAAGUCAGCGAGCGCGUCCUCCUUCGGGAAGGACUGGAGCGCACCGACAAUGGCAUGAAGCAGUCGAGCUGGCCCGACGUCCCGCAAAUCAACCAAAAAAACUACUACACAGAGUACAUGAAGCGCGAUGACCAGGUCCUGGCCCUCCGUCUCCAGGGCGAUGCGACGCGCGAUAGGCUCGUGCAGAACGCAAAGGAUCGCGAUCGCGCCCUCAACCAACAUGGCGACCUCCCGCUGCCCGUGCCCGACAUGCAGGCCGACGACGGCCCCGCCCCGACUCCAGCCGCUCUCGACCCAUCCAAGAUCAUCGUCAUCCACCCCGGCAGCCAGAACCUGCGCAUCGGUUUUGCCAGCGACGCCCUGCCCAAGACGGUCCCCAUGGUGGUCGCCACAAAGUGGCCCCAGACUGAGGAUGAGGAGCACGAGGCGCUGCCUCGCCGCCAGUUCGAGGCCUCGACCCAGGAGCAGAUGUACGGCGAGGAGUGGUCCAAGAAGUACCUGAAGAUCAGUAACGACCUCAAGGUCGACAUGCGCGCAAACAAGCGCAAGGUCCUGCCCAACUCCAAGGAGCUUGUCCAGAACUUCAACCGCCGCACCAAGGCCGAGACGAUCAAGAAACACAACGACCCCAUCGAGGUCGAGUGGACCGACGUGAACUCGGGCGAGGACCCAUCAUCUGUCGCAUCCUGCUUUAUUGGACAGCAAGCACAGUUGAUUCCCAACGACUCGGCACCCAAGUUCAAGCUCUGGUGGCCGAUACAGUCAGGAUGGCUGAACGAGGACGAGUACACGUCGGCCGAGCGGCUCUACGACGACUUCGAGACCAUCCUGGACAGGGCUAUCCGCCAGGAGCUAGGGCUGACGCGCAACAGCACAUGGCCGCAGUACUCGUGCGUCUUUGUCAUCCCAGAUCUCUACGACAAGAAGUACGUCGAGGCGGCGUUGCGGUCGUGCAUGAAGUGGUUCGAGUUCAACAAGGUGUGCUUCAUCCAGGAGAGCAUGGCGGCCACCUUUGGCGCCGGCUACACCCAGGCCUGCGUCGUCGAUGUGGGCGCGCAGAAGACGUCCAUUACGUGCGUCGAGGACGGCCUUUGUGUCGAGGACUCGCGCGUAAACCUCAAAUUUGGCGGCUACGAUGUGACCGAGACAUUCAUCAAGAUGAUGCUAUAUGACAACCUGCCCUACGAGGACAUCAACUUGCGGCGGCGCUACGACUUUUUGCUGGCCGAGGAGCUCAAGAUCAAGUACGCGACGCUGUCACAGGAGAACAUCAAGGUUGUCGAGAAUACAUUCCACGUGCGCGCGCCCAACCAGCCGACCCAGAAGUACAGUUUUAAGCUGUACGACCAAGGUCUCCUGGCAUCAAUGGGCGUCUUCGACCCGACAAUCUUUGACGGCAGCACCAAGCUUCGUGGACGGAGGAAGCUCAUCGACCGAUCUUACAACGCCUACGAUGUCGAGUACCCCGACGACCCGACGUCGGCGGCCCAGUUCGCCGCCCUGGCCCACGUCAAGCCCACGAUCGGGGCGGCCACGGCCAACGGGGUCUCGCAGGAGAUGCCGACGCCGGGCAAGGAGAAGGCUCAGCCGUUCAACUACCUCAACCGCGGCGCCGACGCCAACGGGACGCCGCUGGGGUCCAACGCGCCAUCGCCAGCCCCGGAGGGCGCCAGCACCCCCGUCCCCGCGCCCUUUGUCUUCACCGGCGGCAAGGAUACCAACGGCACCAGCAGCCCGGCCCCGAACGGCAGGAGCGGCGGCACCCCCGCGCCGUCGUUUGGAGGCGGCGCGGCGGGCUUCGCCAACGGCGGGCCGGCGCAGCAGCAGCAGCAGCAGCAACAACAGCAGGCGCACCCGCCCGUCAUGUUCAUCGAGAACCUGGCGCGGACGCAAAAGGCGCUCGCGGUGGAGCGCGACUCGGUGCUGCCCGUGGUGCCGCUCGACAUGGCCAUCAUGAUGUCGAUCCAGAACGCGGCCAAGGGCGAGGACAAGAAGCUGCGCGACCUGCUCGGCUCCAUCAUGGUCAUCGGCGGCGGCGCAAAGGUGGCAAACUUCGCCCCCGUCCUCGAGGAGAAGCUCAAGGCCCGCCGUCCGGACCUGACGGACCGCAUCCUCGUCAGCCGCAGCGCCCGCGACAUGGACGAGCAGGUCGUCGUCUGGAAGGGCGCCAGCGUCUUUGCGAAGCUGCCCACCAACGACUCGUGGAUAACGCCGCACGAGGUUGAGAGGCUAGACGCGAGGGUGUUGCACCACAAGGUGCUGUGGGCCUGGUGAGUGAUGAGCCUUUCUAUUUAUUUUUAUUUUUACCUUUUUCUAUUUUCCCCUCGUCUCUAUCGGAAAAGGGGGUGUAUGUAUGUAUGUGGCUUGGAAUUUGGGCGGAUCGGGGGGGAGUGUGAGGCGCAGUGGGUUGAUGAUUUAUUCGCUAUUCACAAUGUCGACAACGCGCACACAAUCUUCACUUGGACGAGGCAUGCAAAGUUAUACCAACUGCGGAAAGGUCAGCGUCUCUUUUUAUACUCGGUCUUCCUUCUGUCUGGCGUUCGUCUUGCGCACAAAGUGGUGCGAACUAUACCGUUUUCUUUCUCGCAGACGACUUGUAUAGAGUAAUAGGCAUACACUUCGUCCAUCAGCUUGCAUGUUUGGACCAUGGAACAUGUUGAAAUCUACGC